AUGCGAAUUGUCAGUCAAAUCGUUUAUUUAAUCGUCCUGCUAGUUAUAAUAGCAGGAAUAGGCCUACCACAGAUUGAAGCUGACCACGGCCAUCCUUGUGUUGGUCGUCGUCGUCGUGAUGAUAAUGCUAUUGGUGGUGAUCUUCUUGAUCGUAUUCGACGUACUGGUUGUGGUCGUCGCCGUCGUGAUGGUCUUGAGAAUAAAUAA